GGCAAGAGCUCCCUCACAUCCGCAGCCCACGGAGCCCUGCUUGUGAUUGCUAGCUGGGGUAUCCACUCACAGAUCAGCGCUGGCCCUUGGCUUUAAUGAGCCGAUGUUCCGACGAAUGCAAGAGAAGGUUAGAGUGGUGAAAUGUUUACCUGUGGGCUGAUUUGCUGUCUGGAUGACGUAAAAAGAAAGGCGUACUAGGACAGCCAGUAUCAUCAGAACGGAUAUGGGGAAAAAAACUGGAGGGUGACUCAUUAAAAAAAUAACAAGUAAACAUAUAUAUAUAUAUAUUUUUUUUAUAGUAUUUUAUUUAUUUGGAAGUAGACGUUAAAAGUAAAAAUGGCGUUGAUCCUGUUUACAAGAUCGAGGGCACCUGCUGUAUUCCAAGCCUCCAGAUCGCUGUGCAAGGAAAUUAAGCAAGGUGGAUUACAGGAAAUUGCAUGUUUCAACUGCACGGCCCUCAGGCUUAUAAGGAAUGUAAGCGUCCGAAGUUGCAGCACUCCUUUGUCGUUCAGCUCGUCGUCCUCGUGCGUGGGAGGGAACUGUAAUUGUCACAGCUGUCUUCGUGGCUCCCAGAGACUCUACUGCGGGGUGGUGAGCAGCUCUCAGUCAUGGACUCCUAUGGGACCCCGGCAUGGUACAGUCAGGUGGUGGCAUUCCAGCAGCCGCCUCUGCGACGACUCCAAGGUGGAGAAGUCUCUCAAAUCUUUAAAGGACAAAAACAAGAAGCUGGAGGAGGGAGGCCCGGUCUACAGCCCCACGGUGGAGAUGGAGCCUGUCAGGAAGUCCCUGGGACAGAAGGUAGUGGACGAGGUGAAGCACUACUACCAUGGCUUUCGCUUGCUAUGGAUCGAUACCAAAAUUGCCGGCAGAAUGCUGUGGAGGAUUCUCAAUGGGAACACUUUGUCUCGGAGGGAGAGAAGACAGUUCCUGAGAACAUGUGCGGAUGUCUUUCGGCUGGUCCCUUUCCUGGUCUUCAUCAUUGUCCCCUUCAUGGAGUUUCUGCUUCCGGUGGUUCUUAAACUCUUCCCCAACAUGCUUCCUUCAACCUUUGAGACACAGUCCAAGAAGGAGGAGAGACUGAAGAAGGAACUGAGAGUGAAGCUUGAGAUGGCAAAGUUUCUUCAGGACACCAUUGAGGAGAUCGCACUCCGCAACAAGGCAGCCACAAUGAACGUGACUGAGGAGUUCUCAACCUUCUUUCAGAAGAUCAGGAACUCUGGAGAGAGGCCCAGCAACGAGGAGAUCAUCCGCUUCUCCAAGCUAUUUGAGGAUGAGCUGACGCUGGAUAACCUGACUCGGCCCCAGCUGGUCGCAUUGUGCAAGCUGCUGGAGCUGCAAUCCAUCGGAACCAACAACUUCCUGCGCUUCCAGAUCAUCAUGAAGCUCCGCGCCAUCCGGGCUGAUGACAAGCUGAUUUCCGAGGAGGGAGUUGACAGUCUGAAUGUGAACGAGGUGCAGGCGGCGUGUCGGGCGCGGGGGAUGAGGGCGCUGGGCGUGACUGAGGAUCGACUCCGUGAGCAGCUGAAGCAGUGGCUGGAGUUGCACCUGAACCAGCAGAUCCCUACCUCUCUGCUGCUGCUAUCCAGGGCCAUGUACCUGCCGGACACUCUGUCCCCAGCCGACCAGCUCAAGACCACCUUGCAGACCCUCCCUGAGAUUGUGGCGAAGGAGGCCCAGGUGAAGGUGGCAGAGGUGGAGUGCUACAAGGUGGACAAUAAAACCAAGCUGGAGGCCACGCUGCAGGAGGAGGCGGCCAUCAGGAAGGAGAACGAGGAGCGCGAGAUGGAGAGGCUGGCUGAUGCUGCUGAGAAGGCAAAGGAGGGCCUGCAAGUGGCAGCCUUGAGAGAAGUAGAGACAGCGGUGAAUAUGGAGGCAGCAGCUGUCAAUGUUAAGAAAAGCCAGAUCGUUAUGGAUACUGAGCAGGAGCUUGCUACCAUCGACCUGGCCAUUCAUUCGGAGACCUUGAAGGACACGGCUCCAGUCUUGGAAGGGAUUAAGUUUGACAAAUGGCAGAAGUUUCUUCUUAUCCAGGGAGAGGACAUAACCAAAGAGGAGAUUGAUAUGCUGAGCGACGCUUGCACUAAACUCAAGGAGCAGAAGAAGCUGCUGACCAAAGAGAAGGAGGAGCUGGAGGAUCUGAAGGAUGACGUCCAGGAGUACAAUGAGGAUUUGGAGGAGAUCAAGAAGGAGCUGUCAAAGACUGGGCAGGAGGAAGCCAUACAAGAGUCCAAGGCCAGCAAGAGGCUGACUAAGAGGGUGAACCGCAUGAUUGGCCGGAUCAGCAAGAUCAUCUCCGAGCUGGAGACUGACAAGAAGGUGCUGGAUGGACAGAUGGACAGCAAGACCACGCCGCCCAUUGGCUUGUACUUGUCCUUUAGUGAGAACCUCAUCAGUAUCAGUGAGCUGAUUGAUGUGAUGAGACAGAUCCAGAACAUCCCGGAACAUAAGCUGCAGCGCAUCGCAGAGACGCUCGAUGAGAACAAAGAUGGCAAGAUCGACAUUGACGACGUCGUCCAGGUGGUGGAGCUCAUAGACAAGGAGGACAUUAAUAUCUCGACAAGCCAGAUGGCUGAGAUCAUGGUGAUGCUGCAGAAGGAGGAGAAGCUGGUGGAGAAGGAGAAAGCCAAGGAGAAGGCCGAGAAGGAGCAGGCUGCCGAAGUGCAGAACUGAGGCCGGCUCACCACCUCCUGCUGCUUCACGGAAGUGGGGUUGCUCCCUUUGCACCAGGCCAGAGAAGGCUAUCUUCAUGUGGGAAAUGAAUAUGCUGUCAUUAAUAGCAAGAGGCUCCUUUGCUACAGAGAGCAAAUUUAGUGUUCAUGCUUGUUGGGUUUUAUAAAUAUGAUGGAAAACUUUACACUGGUGCAAACCAAAAUAGUGACCAGUAGCUUUAUCAGUUACACACAAACAAAAACAAAAAUGAAAAUGAAAAUUUUGUUUUGAGGUGGUGCGAUUUGCCCAAUUUCUUUUCUUUCUUUUUUUUUUUUUUAAUAAAAGUAAGUUGAACAUGAAUUGCAAUCUAAAUCAUAUAACGUCAUUCCAGAAGCAUGGAAUCAGUGAUUUCAUUCUUAUUAUUCUUGUUUUUUUAUGACGAGGGUCUCUCAUUUAACCCUGUAUUUAAUAAUAAUAGUAGUAAUAUUGAAUGUGUUGUAAUGAUGUGGUGAUCAUAAAUGUUAUGUUUUAUAUACAAACAGAAAUGAGAGACACAGAAAAGUUUAAUGGCAUUAUUAAAUAUAGAAAAUAAAACAAUUUGAUGAAUGGGAUCAGCCAAGAUGACCUUGAUGUGUUUUGAAAUAGGAUAUUGAAAGUCUGAAAACGGAACGUUUUAUUUUUUGUAUAAUCAAAUAUAGUAUUAUUGACCACUGAAACUUAUUUUAAAUAGUUGCAUUUUGCAUCUCAUUGGAGGUUGUAUGUGUGUGUGUAAUUGUCUUUUAUGCAUUCUACAAUGCUGAUAUACAAACUUCAAUGAAUUGAAAGGCAACUAUUUGUGGCUUAUGUAAAGCAGGAGAUCCGGUGCCUGGCCUAAAGUUUGUGUGUUUUUAGAAAGUUUGAACUCUAGGAAGAUGGAACAUUCAGGAUCAGUUCCAUGAAUAAAGUUGGUAUGGAUUUGAUUAGUUUGAGUGUUGCUACAUUUCAUUUAAUAAUUUUGACUGCCUAAUUUAACCGAUCAGAUGUACUAUUUUAUCAGUUGUUACUCGUAAUGUUAUCAAGCCAUAAGGAAGAGAAUAGAACUUGAAAGUAGCUGCCUUUCAUUCAGUUUCUUUUACUGACGCUGGGCUUGGUUUUCCACUGAGGGCUGAUCCACCCACUUCAUACAUUGCCUUCAGUUAGCCCACAAUGGAAACUUAAAUAUACGCACAUAAUGCACAGAUAUGGAAAUGCAAGGCAUUUUGAAAUGUAUUAUUUUUUUUAAAUUAUGAAUAAAUACUUUUACUUUAAUUUCCACCACAGAAAGAGAAAAAAAAAAAAGCUUUACUAUAAUUUUAUAUUUGCAUAUUGUAAAUUGUGUUAAUCGUUGGUCCACUACUUCUUAAAUGUAUGAAGAUUUAAAACAUCAACUGUAAAUGCAUGUGUUUCUUUGCACUAUAAAAGUAUGUUUAGCUUAUAUGCAGUGGGUAUGAAUGUUGUAUCACAGUAGAACUCUAGUCUUCUCUGGGUGUUUGGUUUUUGUUUAGUGGAUGGUAGGGUGCAGUGAUGGGCUUUUUGAACUCCUAACAGAUAGUGUCUGUCUUGCUACAUCCAUCUAGCCAAGUUGUAUUUAUGGACAAUUUACUCCUUUUAAUGGAAGAUUAUCUUUCUUGGUUUCCUGGUCAGCCACUCCUUCCCUGUAGACACCUUUCUGUUUAGUAGCACUAGGCUGUCACCUCUGAAGCCUGGGUUCAAAUGUAACUUUGGUCACAAGAGGUACAAGGUUGCUGGUGUCAGCUUAGUCAGCGAUGCCUAGUAGUACACAUCACAAAAACACCACACCACAAACUUUCCACUUAGAAGAGGCCAAGGACUGUAAAGCAGAGGCUGUCGCUCAUGUCUGUAUUGAGGUAGUGGUGGGAUGUUGUUGGGAAGUUUGUGUAGCACACGUCAGUGGUAUAUUCGAUUUGAGCAUGGUUGUUUUUAAAAGGUGUCGUUAUAUAUAAAUCUCCUUACCUCUCCAGUAACACAGGACUACAUUUCUAGUAUGACAUUUUAUGAUUUGAGUUUUGUGAAUUUAUGGGUGAAAGUGUAUUGUGACAAGAAAAAUGGCUUCACAUCCUUUUGAGUGCAGUAUUGUCCGCAAUAGUUUUCUUCUAUGUUCAUAUUUUAGCCGAAGCCAGCUGUUUCUAGGGGUGUGCCGAAGAGUAUUGCGUUUCUUUAAGAGCUGUGCACAUGUAGAAAUCCCAUUAAAUCACUACACAUAUUAAAAGGUUUUUUUUUUUAAACUGGAGUGAAGUUGCUUACACACUCAGUCAGUUUUUUGUAUUUUAUUAGAUGCCAUUAGCUUGACCACACAGCAUGUGUUUUUCAUUUUACAAGCACCAGAAUAGUCAGCCCUUUUGUUUAUUGUCUAUUUGACAGGACAUGGAAAAGUUUGUUUUAUGUAACAAUUUAAAUAAAAAAUAAAAAGCAGUAGUCAAAGAACAAGAUCUGUCACAACAUUCUGCCGUCCAAAAUGUAAUAAAGCCACACUGCACAGCAAACUGCCUGGGGGCCCUCCAGUACAGUCUAGGCAUAUUGCACCAAGGAGUAACUGCAUUAAGGUGAGCCUUAACAUGCCACAGAUACAGUGCUGAUUGUGUGAAACAGGAGCAAGGUCCCUGUGGAAAUGUAGUGGUGGUAGAAAACUUGUGUUGUAUGUUAAAAUGGAAGACAGGGUUAUUUGUUGCAAAUCUGAACCAAGUUGAAACUCUUGGGUGUUGUCAAUCUGUUGCGUUUGUUAGAUUGCUGUUAUAAUGAAUAGUUUGACAGUCUGACGCUGUGUAUACAUUAGAUUACGUGGAAAGGGCAGUCAUGUUGUUACUGGUGACAGUUAGACUGGUAACUGGGUAGAGCUUUGAGUAAGUGUUCUGGUCCUCUUUGUGCUGCUCUUCUAUACAGACUGCAGUUGAGUUAUUUAGGGAACAUAUAUGUCUCGGUGCAAAAUUGGUUUGGGAAAAAGUAACAUUUCUUUGAAACCUUUUAAUGGUGUUUCCUAUUCUGUUGCUCCUAUUUACUCACCAUGUCUGAAGACAUCCAGUUUGGUGAAGCUAAAUGGGAAUGCAACUGUACAUUUAUAUCUGUUCAUAUACAAUGCACCAUAUGGGGGGGGGGGUGGUGGUGAUGGGACGACGACACAAAAAACAUUAUUACAGAGCAUGUUUAAAUUUAACUUCACCAUCGACCUGGCACUUGGUAAUUUGCAGAACUUCGCAGCCACACUAUGUUGUGUGGCUUGGAUUUGACCCAUGGCUUGCAUUCUGUAAAUGGAGUCAACACAUCAACGUUCUACUGUAUGUGUUCCUGCAGCCACGAUUGUCUACUGGUUAACAGGUCACUCACUCAGCAAGAAAGAGAAAUGAUCUGCAAUGUUUUCUUCUUUCUAUAGUGCUUUGUUAAUAAUGUAAUGAACAGUGUGUGUUAGAAGCCAUUCUAAUUUCUCAGGAUUUAUUUUCUUUGCGUUGCAUAUUUUGUGCACACUUUGACUGAUUUUAGGUAUGCACUCAAUUGUAGGUACUCUUGUCAAUACUGAAUCCUCCUUCGAUUACAAGAAGGAUAAGAAAUAUCUUAUUAAUGUUUAUUGCAGAAACCUGACAAAUACAUACCAUUUGUUGUAACCAGCUCUGUCACCGGAGCUGCCAUGACAACAAAGCACAAUGGGAAAGUAAACUCUCCUACCCCCUCCCAUCUAAUAAUUCCUCAAAAUAAACACCCCUCUUUACCAUCUAAUGUAAUAAUGCAAUUGGGUGGACUGCAUAAAUUUGUACAUGUCAAGUGUGAGAUUGAUAUAAAGUCACAUGACCAAGAGAACAGCUACCUCUGUUUAACCUUGUGCGGAAUGUGGUACCAGCUGGAGAUGACUAGUGUUGAGCAGGUAUUGCAACAACUCUGUAAAGCAUUGGCUGUGGCACUCCUAAGACUUGCAGUGAUAGUGAGGUCUCAGGGGUCAAGGGAGGGUCAGCCAUUGGCAGUAAUCUUGGAAAAUGGUACCUGUUUAUAGACUAGUUUUAUUGUCCAACUUGCUGAUUUGGGCUUUGUCUGAUUAGUAAAUGUAAGUAUUGCACUGAUUUGUUCUAUAUAUUUAAUGAUCUUUUUUAAAAGUCUAGAAGUGGUCUGAUUUAUUUACUGUUUUUUUAUUUGUUUAUUUUUUGGUUGAACUGAAAAGAGCGAACAGACAAGAAUCUUGGAGUAUGACUUCUAAUAAGAUGAAAUCCAGAUGUUUUAAUAAUUCAAUAAAAGAAUACAAACAA